AUGACCACCACUAGAUUACUCAUGCGUCGUAAUUCAAGACCAACGGAUCUCUUUCUUCCAUCAUCUUCCCUGUCACGCACAAGAAUCGUGAAAUGCUCGUUGGGACUAGGAUCGGAUGGUCAGAAUCAGAAACCGUCCUUUAGAGACAAAGAGAGAAAAUCGUCGGUGGAGGUGAAAGCUUAUGUUCCUACUUCAGAGAUUGUGAUCACAAAUAAGACAGAAGUCAGACGUGAAUUGAUGGAUUCGGUGUUUCUUGUCUCACAAGUAACUGAUAGUCUUAUCACGGAGUUACGGCAAGCCAUAAAAAGACAGGCUUGGAAACUGCAGUUGCAGAGGAAUAUAGAAAGGGUGAUAGUUGACUGCAGAUUCUACACCCUAUUUGCCGUUGCUGGAACUUUAUUAGGCUCUGUACUCUGUUUCUUUGAGGGCUGCUCCCGUGUCUUAGAAUGCUAUUCACAUUAUCUUAAAGGAUUGUCGCAUGGUGUAAAGAGUAACACAAUUCAUAUUUUAAUCGAAGCCAUAGACAUGUUCUUGUUCGGCACAUCCAUGCUAGUUAUAGGAAAGGCUAUUUACAACAUGUUUGUGAGUUGCAAAACAGACCAAAGCAAUCAAUCGAUUGGUGAAGUAAAGGCGAGAAUAGGGUAUGCAGUGGUAAUGAUACUUCACGUUGGGAUGAUGGAGAAGUUCAAGACAACGCCUUUGGUGACAUGUAUGGACCUCGCUUGUUUUGCUGCAUCACUCUUCAUUUUAUCGGCUUCUAUGUUCCUUUUGUCUAAAUUGUCUUCUUCACUACGAACUAGUAAAACCGGGGAAAGAGUUUAAUUAAUUGAUCAAAAGACAGGACUGUCGCCAGUUACAAAAAAGAAAAAAAAAAUCAGGCUUUUCGUAUAGAACUAUUAUUUUAGUACAAAAAAUAUUUGUUAUAGACUUAUAAUUUGUUCUGAUAAUUAUUUUCAUUAAUUUCAUUUUCAUAUGUAGAAAAUUUUCAGAUGGUUAAGAAAAAAAUAUUCUUCUAA